UAGUAGCUAGAAAGUUGCUAUUUUUCCAUGUUCUGUAGACAAAAUGGAAUUGUCUUCAGAGUUUCUCGUCUCUUACAGACUGAGAUAGCCUGGGAAUUAAUAUGUGGGUGAUAUUGCACUGCAGUGUAGAACAUUUCACUUUAGAUUGAAAUCCUGUUAAUAUUAUUGGAGUUCUCUGAUGAAAAUUUGAUCAGUGUAAUUUGCUAAAUCAACUGUGAUUUCUAAAGAUCUUACACAAUUAUGGGUUAAAAAAGGUGUGAGUAUAUGGAGUGUUUCAUAAUGCAGGUGUAUUUAGUGCCAGAGACAAAAUUGUGCCGAGUCAAAAUGUGAAUUGAAACAUUUUAGUCGUGUGUGUUACAUGAUGGUAAUAUACAAAGCAGUGUUAGUGUUCUGAAACAUUCCUACAAGCAGGUGUUUAAGACAACUACAGAGGUAAACUAGCUUUGUGGUUAUUUUGGGGAUCUUUUUGAACCCAAACUCCUGAGCAGGAAGAAAACAUUGCUGAAGCUCAUGCUAAAGAAGUCUGAAUGGUGAAGAAUUAAUGCCGGGUAAAAUACGUUGAAACGCAGUACUCUUGCUUUAAAGAACAGAGCAAGCACUUUUCUUGCGUGGCUGUGGUCCUUGCAUAUUUAUAAUGAAACCCGUUGCGGGGCCAGCAGCUCUGUGCACUGCUGUAUCGUUUACAGCUGCAGUAAAGCUCGACAGCUUUUACCAGAAGAGCCCGUCUCUGGGUGCAGCAGGUCGGGCCCGGGUGCUGCCGUUGCCGGCGGUGGGCGCGGAGCCGCGCGGGCCGGGGGCGGUGCUGAGGGCUCGCACCAUGGCGGGCGCGGGCGGGCGGGCCGCCGCCUCGGCCGCCUCGGGGUCUUACACGGGCCGCGGCUCUUCCACGCCGGCUGUGGGCGGGCGGACGGAGCACACACCCCGCUACACCCUGGGGCUUCUGCAGACGCCACAUAGCUCGGAGAGCACUGGAGGCGCCUGUAGCGGCGGGGUACGGCCGGGCAGCUCCAGCGGGGAAGGCCUCGCAGCCCGCCGGGCUGCCGGGAACAGCGCCGUGAAGCCGUCGGUGUCCGAAAGGGGAGAAUCAUAUUUUGGGGACAAGAGUUCUUGUGUAGAAAAUGCUAACACAUUGAAUCUCACGAGUUCUUCUUCUGUGCAAGGCCUGAAUAGCACAUGUAUAGGAAAAACACCUCUCUCUUCUGGUAGAUCUGGUUGCAGAAGCCAUACCCCACUUAUGGGAUAUUCGGUUACAUCCUCAUCUGCAGUUUCUGCUCAUACUGUUGCAUCAGUUAUUGUAGCUGUAGUAGAAGGAAGAGGCCUUGCCAGAGGUGAAGUAGGAAUGGCCAGUAUAGAUUUAAAAAAUCCUGAGAUGAUAUUAUCACAAUUUGCAGACAAUACAACUUACGCCAAGGUUAUUACUAAACUCAAGAUUUUAACACCACUAGAAAUAAUAAUGUCAAACACUGCCUGUGAUGCAGGGAAUACAACAAAAUUGUUCAGUCUGAUAACGGAGCAUUUCAAGAAUGUGACUUUUACAACUGUCCAGAGAAAAUACUUCAAUGAAACAAAGGGUUUGGAGUACAUAGAACAAUUGUGUGCAUCUGAAUUUAGCACCAUUUUCAUGGAAGUCCAAUCAAAGUAUUACUGUCUUGCAGCUGCAGCAGCUUUGCUAAAAUACGUUGAAUUUAUCCAAAACGCUGUUUAUGCUCCUAAAUCACUAAAGGUUCGUUUCCAGGGGAGUGAGAAAACAGCUAUGAUAGAUUCAUCAUCAGCACAAAAUCUUGAACUAGUGAUUAAUAACAGAGAUUCUCGAAAUGGUCACACACUUCUUGGUGUUCUAAAUUACACUAAAACUCCUGGUGGAAGUCGAAGACUUAGAUCCAAUAUCCUGGAACCUCUAGUUGAUGCUGAAACAAUUAACACAAGACUGGAUUGUGUUCAGGAAUUACUCCAGGAUGAGGAGCUCUUUUUUGGUCUUCAAGGAGUUAUCUCAAAAUUCCUGGAUACAGAACAACUACUUUCAGUUUUGGUACAGAUUCCAAAGCAGGAUACAGUUAAAACUGCUGAAUCAAAAAUAACUAAUUUAAUCUACCUGAAGCAUACCUUAGAACUUGUGGAGCCUCUGAAAGCUGCUUUAAGAAGCUGUAACACACAGCUGCUAAAGGCUUAUUACAAUUCUCUUGAAGAUACAAGAUUUGGAAUUAUACUUGAAAAGAUUACAAGUGUAAUUAAUGAUGAUACAAGAUACACAAAAGGAUGUCUGAGUAUGAGGACCCAGAAGUGCUACGCUGUUAAGCCUAACAUCAAUGAAUUCCUUGACAUAGCUCGUAGAACAUACACAGAAAUUGUUGAUGACAUAGCAGGUAUGAUAACGCAACUUGCUGAAAAGUACAGCCUGCCCAUGAAAACAAGUUUCAGCUCUGCUCGUGGAUUUUUUAUCCAAAUGAAUGCUGAUUGUUCAACAUUACCUAAUGGCCAGCUUCCUUCAGAAUUUACAAAGAUCACGAAAAUGAAAAACACAUACAGCUUCACUUCAGCAGAUUUAAUAAAAAUGAAUGAAAGAUGUCAGGAGUCCCUGAGAGAAAUAUAUCACAUGACCUACUUAAUAGUGUGUAAACUACUGAAUGAGAUCUAUGAACACAUUCAUUGCUUAUACAAGCUGUCCGACAUUGUGUCUAUGCUGGAUAUGCUGCUUUCAUUUGCCCACGCCUGCACUCUUUCCGAUUAUGUUCGUCCAGAAUUUACCGAUACUUUAGCAAUCAAGCAAGGAUGGCAUCCCAUUCUUGAAAAGAUAGCUGUGGAAAAACCUGUGCCUAACAACACGUACCUGACAGAGGGCAACAAUUUUGUCAUUAUUACAGGACCAAAUAUGAGUGGAAAAUCAACAUACCUGAAACAGAUUGCUCUCUGUCAAAUUAUGGCACAGAUUGGUUCUUAUGUCCCAGCAGAGUAUUGUUCUUUUCGAAUCGCAGAACAGAUUUUUACCAGAAUAGGUAUGGAUGAUGAUAUUGAAACAAAUGCAUCAACAUUCAUGAAGGAAAUGAAAGAGAUAACGUACAUCAUACAAAAUGCUAAUGAUAAGUCACUCAUAAUUAUUGAUGAACUUGGCAGAGGUACCAGUGCUGAAGAAGGUAUUGGAAUUUGUUAUGCUGCCUGUGAAUAUCUGUUGAACUUAAAGGCAUUUACACUGUUUGCUACACAUUUCCUGGAACUAUGUCAUAUAGACGCUUUAUAUCCCAAUGUGGAAAACUACCAUUUUGAAGUGCAACAUGUGAGAAGCAGUGCUGGAAAUAAGGAGAAAAUUGCUUACACUUACACACUUUCUAAAGGAUACACAGAGGAAAAGAACUACGGACUAAAAGCAGCAGAAGUGUCUUCCCUACCAUCAUCCAUAAUUUUGGAUGCAAAGGAAAUCACAAGUCACAUUGCAAAACAAAUUUCGCACAGACAGAAGAGCACUCCUAAGAUGAUGAAACAGAGAGCUGCAUACCAGUUAGCAAUGAGAUUGGUUCAGACUGCCAGAAAUUCUCGACUGGACCCUGACAGUUUGCGUGUAUAUUUGAAAGCCCUGAAGAAAAAGUAUGAAGCCAGUUGUCCCACACCCAGAGAAAAUGAUGAGCAACAGUAACAUGUAACAUAGGCUGUUCUAAUUUUUAUGACUGCAAGAUGAUUCUGGUUUUUCCCACAGUAUUAGUACAGUCUUUUUACGUAGUGUUAUAUUUUUAAUUAUUAGUCUAAAUUACAUUCAAGUAAUGGAAGACCAUAUCCUCUAUGGGUUUUCCCCACCCUGACAUACCUGGAAUAAAAGCAUUUGCCCUCUCUGAGGAACACAAUUCUUUUUGACAACAAAUACAAAUAAUUUUAGAGCGGCACUGGGAGGGAAGGACUGGGGCAACUCUAAGGAACUCAGAAUUUCAGGCGUGAUACAAAAGAAAGCUCAGAUUGCAAAAAGGGAAACGUGUGCCCAAAUUGCUUCAAACCAGUUUUGCUGUCUGUUCUUGUUCAGUUGUGUCUUCUGAAAAUGAGACCAUUUUAUUCACUUUGCUGUGCUAAACGCUUCUCACAAUGCCAGGAAACAUGAUACUAAAACUUGAAGGAAUUUGGAUGUGUAAAAACAAGCUGUUCUCUCCAAGGUGUUUGGUGUUAGUUGGCGGUAAAGGAUCCGGUUUUUUCUCAUACUCCUCUUGCUCAGUCUCCAAGUCGCUGCAGGAUUUCCAAAGACCCUGCAAUGGAGAAGCCUCUCAGCAUGUUCAUUCUGAUCACACAGAGAUACUGGGAGGGGAAGAGAAUGGAUAAAGGUGAAAUUUCCCUGAGAAAAGGCUCAGAGAUCAGGGUGUUCACUGGUGGCAUGGGCUGGGAUUAGGGCUGAGCAGCACCAAAACUGGAGCACAUCAACCAUUCAGCUUUCCCCUCAUGUUUUAUCAGAGGGUUUAUGGUCCUGCCAAGAGACAGAUGUUAAUUAAAGGGUCCCAGCUGAGCCAUGACAGUAAUCUCUUCUGUUCAAGCUGGUGUUUUUUUGACACCUUCAUUAGCCACACUCUCCAAUACUUAGCCCUGGGGUUUGUUCCUGUUUUUCUUUCAGCCUUAUAUCCA